AUGUCCAAGUCACAGAUUCACCUGCAACCGCGCAUGUCCAAAAAGCCUCCGUUCACCGUCGAGGUCCCUGGCUGCGAACCCGUAGAGGGAGAGACUAUUCCUCGUCGCUUGCCCAAGUCCAAGGAUGGGCUCAUCCUGCGACCCUCCGAGGAUGUCGCGACCACCUACGAUAACUUCAGACGCUCCGCUCGCAUGUUCGGCAACUCCAAGGCUGUCGGUAGCCGUCGUUUGAUCAAAACCCAUGUCGAGAACAAGAAGGUCAAGAAGGUUGUGGAUGGUGUCGAGCAGGAGGUUGACAAGCAGUGGACGUACUUUGAGAUGAGCGGGUACACCUUCAAGAGCUUCAUCGAAUACGAGGCGCUUGCGCUCCAGCUGGGAUGUGGCUUGCGGAAGCUGGGCUUGGAGAAGGAUAACAAGAUUCAUCUUUAUGGUGCUACGAGUGCACAUUGGCUGGCCAUGUCACACGGAGCUGCAUCUCAGUCUUUCACUAUCGUCACCGCGUACGACACUCUCGGUGAAGAGGGUUUGAAGCAUUCCUUGGUCCAAACUUCCAGUGCCGCCAUUUUCCUCGACCCCAGCCUCGUCCGUUCGCUCGGUAACGUACUGAAGGAUGUCAAGUCGAUCAAACACGUCAUCUGGAAUACCGACCAGGAGCCCAAGCAGGCGGAUCUGGACAAGCUGAAGGCCGACUUUGACUACCUCAACAUCAUGAGCAUCGAGGACCUGCGUAAGCUCGGCGAGGAGAACCCUGUGGACCCUGUGCCACCAUCAGCAGAGGAUCUUUGCUGCAUCAUGUACACCUCUGGAUCCACCGGUCCCCCCAAGGGUGUGCCCUUGACACACAAGAACGUCAUUGCCGCAACCGCGGGUGUCAAUGAAAUCGUCGGUCCGUACAUCGGCCCAUCCGAUACUUUGCUGACAUACCUUCCCCAAGCGCAUAUCCUCGAGUUCAUGUUCGAGAACUUGUGUUUGUUCUGGGGUGGUACCAUGGGUUACGGAAACCCGCGAACCCUUUCGGAAGGUUCGAUGCGCAACUGCAAGGGUGAUAUCCGCGAGUUGCAGCCCACUAUUCUCGUCGGUGUCCCCGCCGUCUGGGAGACAGUGAAGAAGGGUGUGCUCAGCAACCUAAACAAGGCCAGCUUCUUGGUGAAGGGCCUGUUCUGGGGAGCCAUGUCCGCCAAGAACUUCCUGAUGGCAACUGGAAUCCCUGGUGCCGAGAUGGGUGCUUCGAUUCUGGAUGCCGUCGUCUUCCGCAAGUUGAAGGAGGCCACUGGUGGCCGGCUGCGUAUUGUGAUGAACGGUGGUGGUCCGAUUUCCAAGGAAACCCAGAAAUUCUUGUCCAUGGCCAUUGCGCCAAUGAUUAGCGGCUAUGGGUUGACUGAGACCGCAGCCAUGGGUGCCCUGAACGAUCCGAUGGCCUGGAACCCGGAUGCGCUCGGUGAAAUCCCAGCCUCGGUCGAGGUCAAGCUGGUCGACUUCCCCGAUGCUGGAUACCUGGCGAAAAACAACCCCCCACAGGGUGAGAUCUUCAUCCGUGGUGGCAGUGUCAGCUCUUACUACUGGGACAACGAAGAAGAAACCAAGGGCGCAUUCGCCGAGGGUGGCUGGUUCAUGACUGGUGACAUUGGUGAAUUCGACAAGUACGGACACUUGAAGAUCAUCGACCGCAAGAAGAACCUUGUCAAGACUCUCAACGGCGAGUACAUUGCCCUGGAGAAGCUCGAGUCGGUCUACCGCUCCUCCCCCGUUGUUGGAAACAUCUGCGUCUAUGCUGCCCAGGACCAGGACAAGCCGAUUGCCAUCAUUGUGCCCGCUGAGCCUGCUUUGAAGAAGCUGGCUAGCGAGAAUGGCAUCAAGGGCGACACCCUUGAGCAGCUUGUCCACAACGAGGACCUCAAGUCCAUUGUUCUGACACAGCUCACAGCUGCCGGAAAGGCCGGCGGUCUUAAGGGCAUUGAGCUUGUGAAGGGUGUCGUGAUGUCUGAUGAGGAAUGGACUCCUCAAAAUGGCUACAUGACUGCUGCUCAGAAGCUGCAGCGCAAGAAGAUUGUCACCAAGCACCAGCAGGACGUCGACCGUGCCUACGGCAAGAAAUGA